AUGGAGGCACCCACCAAGGCACCGUCGAUCCAGGAUUUUCAGCUGUUAAAACCGAUAAGCAGAGGUGCCUUCGGAAAAGUGUUUUUGGCGAGAAAAGAGGGUGGGACCAAACUUUUUGCCAUCAAGAUUGUCUCCAAGGAGGAGAUGAAGCGAAAAAACCUGGUCGACAAAGUUACUGCCGAACGUAACGCUUUGGCUGUUAGCAAGUGUCCCUAUAUUGUUCACUUGUAUUACUCCUUACAGACAACCAGUCACAUUUACCUGGUCAUGGAAUAUUUGAUUGGCGGAGACCUGAAGACUUUGCUUCUUGUUUUGGGCUACCUCAAGGAUCAACACGCAGCAAUCUACACGGUGGAAAUCAGUAUUGCUUUGGAAUAUCUGCAUGCACAUGGGAUCAUUCAUCGUGACCUAAAACCAGACAAUAUUCUCAUAACUGCCGCUGGUCAUUUGAAAUUGACCGAUUUCGGCCUAUCCACUUUAUCCUGGAAUCACCCCAUUCGGGCUAGCGACGUCCUGAACACGCCCUCCGUCGCUUCUGUCCCACUCGAAUACUACCGUACUCCUGGACAGUUGAUUUCCCUUACCACCGAGCUUUCGUUUACGGAUUCUCCUGUCGUACGGGGAGUAUCUCAAGAUCGUCUGGUCCACCACGAAGAGCUCACUCAACUGGGCGCGUCUUCGUCCGUUGUGGACCUUCCCAAACGGAAUGAAGACAAUUCACUUUCGAACUCGACAAUGUGUUCCCAUGGAUCGAAACUUGGAUCAGAAAAAUUUGUUACCGACCUGACAGCACAAAUAGACCAAGACAAAAUCGAACGCUCACAGUGGCGUCGUCGCAUUUUACAGGCGAUCAGAACUCUUCACUCGGAAGAAGCCUCGCUGCAUAACGCAGGCAUGAUACCAACCUUGACGUCUCCAACUGCCCAUCACCGAAAAAAUUCCGUCAGUCUUUCCGAUGUUAUUCACGAGGAAUCGUUGCUCACUCUAACUGAAAUAUUCGCCGGGGCAGACCCGGAAGAAGUGGAUUUUGUCAAAUCGUUUCUCUCCAGAUUCUCUCCUCCGCAAAUCCUUCACGUUGGUCUACUGGUUCGACAGUCCUCAAUGCCCUUAUCCAUAUCUCCGCCCGUGACGAGCCGAUUAGCUGGCAGUAUCAGUUACCAUCGGUCCAUGGUUACCUCGUCUACCGGUAUCGGUCCACUUCGUCGAUGCAAAAGCUAUUGUCAACCAGAAAUUAAGAAACCGUAUCGUAUGAGGCGUGGACGCCGUUUGUACAAUCUCCCGUGGUCGCCAACAUUUCUGAAGGAUCCCCAGCCCCACGCCGGAGACGCACUCCGGCGUGCCACUUUGCCUCCUUUACCGCGUUCUCCCGAACGUGACGUCGACUGCGGGAUGGAUUGGCAAAAAGAGGGCUUCAGCUUAUCUGUGGAUGAGACCCAUUCACAUAUAUCCACCACUACGCCUUCACAGUCUGAAUCAUCCAACGCUUUCGUUCAUCUGGAGGAGUCGCCUCGACUGACUAUUUCUCCGUUACGUCACGAGCUGGUCCAGCUUCAUCUGCGCUCUGGUGGUGUGUCUGCUGUAACUUCGGCCACGGAACAGCGCUUCGGACAACAACGAACACCUCCUGAUGUGCCUCUAUCUUCGAUGGAGAAGACUCGUCUCCAGCAGCUCUACUCUCCUGCGCGGCUGAGCGCUGAGGAUCUCCAGUAUGGGAUGAAUUUGGCCGACAUUGACCCGGCGCACCCAUACAUGCUUUAUCCCACAAGUUCUUCAUUUCGUGCCGCAGACACUCCGUUGCGCACUCCUCGUGUCCUUCCACGACAUCGUUCGCACACAGGACAGAAGGAGAAUUCGCGGCCGUUUCCUGUGACCGGUUUUCACACGCCCUCAUCGCACAUUCCUUCUCGCCAUCUACAUACCACGACUGCGAACCGAAUUAGUAACGUACACUUUGGCUCGUCCACCAAUUCUGCUACUCCGCUCAGUGUUAUUUGCGAACUUCCAGCUCAUCUGGCAUCAUCUGUAAAAUUCGCUCAGUCCUCUUUCGAGCCGUGCGCACCACCUCCGUCUCCGGUUGUUCCGACCUGCAGAGAGUACGAUGUCCGGACUGUCGGUUUUGACACAGCUGGUUGUACUGCCUUGUCCGUGACUCCUCAACUUUUGGGCACACCGGAAUACAUUGCUCCCGAACUGCUUAGUUGCCCAGCUGACGGACGGGAAUUGUUGAUGGAAUCCGAGGCGGUCGAUUGGUGGGCGUUGGGUAUUAUAUUGUUCGAAAUGCUCACUGGUUGUACCCCAUUUGCGGACGAAUCUCCAGAUGCGGUAUUUCGAAACAUCAUCGAUAUGGAUAUUCCAUGGCCAUCCACAAACGAUGAGCCUCCGUCUGAAGAGUUGUCACAAGCGGCGGUUCAACUAAUUUCCGGCCUUUUAUCGCGGUCCCCCUCCCAGCGUCUCCUCAUGGCCAAACAGCUGCGCUGCUGUGAUUUCCUCAGACCGGUUGGGGAUUGGAAUCGUUUGAACGAAUUAGAAAUGCCAUUUGUUCCCAAUCCAGACGAUUCAACGGACACGUCGUAUUUCCAGCCUCGGAACGACGCACAUGGUAUCCAAAUGACGUGUAGUGGGAUGGAUAUGAAACGUCAACACAAAACGGUACCGCAUGACCUGAUUGAUGUUACUAAUGCUUGUGAACUCCAGAUCGGCAAAUUCUUCGCCGGAGGCCGGUUGAUCAGCGGUCGCGCCCGUCACGCUACCGCGUCAGCAACAAAUUCGAACAAGAAUGGAGAGAACGCGCACCCCCACCGGUUUGUGGGAAUCACCACGGCAGCAGUCCAGUCUCCGUCACCCAUAAACUUGCAUCCUUUAUCGCCUUAUGGUUGUAAACAUUGACCACUGUACAGAAAAUACAAUAUGCCUGCCUGUGACCCCUAUGAACACCAUUCAAACAUUAGAAUGACGAAUGAAUGCACUCUUAAUCGUUUUUGGUAAUAAACCAACGUCUUUCACCUGGUGAUCUGAUUCGGUUGCAUUCAUUACGUCUAUUUUUUUUAUUUCCCCCACAUCUAUUAAUUGAUUACCACAUCUUUUUCCGUUUACUGAAGCAACUUCAGUGUACUACAAGACUAGCAACGCGUACGCGGGAGAUAUAUGUAAUCUUUCAC